UGCACGAAACAAACAUGGCGGUGAUAGUUAAGGCAUAUUUGAACAUUCAAAGUGACUGGACGGAGUUGUUAAGGAAUUCUGGUGAGAAAGUGUGGAUAUCAUGUUCAAAAAAAGGAAAUCCGUCAGUUUAUGGCGAGAUAACUUCACAUGGAAGGAGAGAAGAGAGAGAACUAAAUGCGACGGAUGGCUUUGAAAUCGAGAGUUUUGACAAGAGAAGUAUGACUAUAUCAUAUCCAGAAUGGAAGUGUUCAACCACAUUUCUCGCUCCUUCAAACGUCUUCACCAACAUUCACUCUAAAAGUGUUCAUGGUCUUGAUAUCUCACCAGGCGGUUCAUUGGGUGUUUCAUCAAGUUCUGAUGGUAGUUUAAACAUCUGGCAAACGUCCGAUGGAAGGGUUCGCCGUGAACUGAAAGGUCAUGUGACGGAAGUGACGUCGUGCCAAUUCUUUCCCUCUGGCGUGGUGGUGUUGACUGGUGGUGGUGAUAUGCAGAUGAAGAUAUGGUCAGCAGAAAAUGGUUCUUGCCCAGUUACAUUAAUAGGACACAGAGCAGGUGUCACAGACACAGCUAUCGUGGAUAAAGGACGAAACGUGUUGUCGUGUUCACGUGAUGGAUCGGCGAGAUUGUGGGAUUGUGGGACAGCCACCUGUCUUGGUGUAGUUGCAGAGUGUUCAUGUCCUAUCAACGCAUGUGCAAUGGAAACAUGCAAUGAAGGAAUUGACAUGGGAUCGAGGGAAGAAGAACUAAGCGAUAGAGAAACUGGUUCAGCUGGUAAGAUGCUGGUUAUUGCCAGAGAAGACAAAAUACUACAAGGAAUUGGUCUCCACUCCAGACAGAAGGUGUUCGAGGUCUCUGCCAAUGACGCUUACAAUGCUUGCUGUUUUACAUCAGAUGUGAGCUUGUUGGCCGGAACACAAGAUGGCUGUUUGUACCGAUAUGAUUUGCGUAAUAUGAGCGAACCUCUGAGUGUCGUGAAAACGUCAGGAGCAUCAAUUUUAUCUAUGGUAAAUUCGGCAUUAGGCAGUCUUGUUAGUACAGGUGAUGGAUGCUGUUUCAUGUGGUCAGGGAAGGACGAACGGGGCGUAUGUUUCACUGGCCCGGAUUGUGAUUCAGUUUAUAAAGUUCGAGCAAAUAACAGACAUAUUUAUACAGCAAGUAGAGAUGCAAAUAUCAGAAAAUAUAUCUUAUGAUCUCUCUUGUAAUGUAACCUAGGAAUAUUGGCCUCACUAGACCAAGAAAACGAGGUUAUCAUUUUGAAAGAAAACCGCAAAUUUGAAAUCAACUCUUGAACUGAUUAAAAAAGGUGUUGGAUUUAUUUAUCUUUUUGAAGUAGAGGAAUAAAUUAAUUAAAUAAAGGCUGGUAAAUCUUGGGAACGAUUUAAGGCAACCAUUCCAAAAGCCAAGCAAUCAUUAACAAAACAACAGGUUGAGCUAACGAGGACUCGGCUUAAUUUUUGAGUGUUUUUUUAAUUUUUAAUUUAAGGUGAAGUUCUGCAUCUUUAUCGUUGUACAAUAUACAAGCAAUCAUUAUGAAAGCCUCUGUAAACUAUCAAUCAUGCACUCCUUAAAAACAAACAUCAUUUAGGAUUAU